UUCUUAUUGUAGACUUUAUCAGUGCAGAUUACUUUGAAAAUAUGCCUACAAUUAUUGACUUCAAUGGUUACAUUGUCGAAGGAAGUGACUUUAUCAUCAAAGAGUAUUCUUUGCUUAUUCUGAACAAAAAGGGUCGAUUGGAAUUUACACAUACCGGUGUUUUAAAACCUAUAUGUCACUGGAAAAAAUUAGACAAUGAAACGUUUAAAAAUUACACACAGGAAUUCUGCCUGAAAUUCGGAAUUCCGUGGAACACUGGGACAGAAAGUUUGAAAUCACUUAGGGAAAAUAUUGAUGACGUGAUAGCUAUUAGUAAACGCAUUUAUGUCCGCGAUAAUGAACAAAAAAAAUUAUUGAUGGAUUUUCUCGGUUUGAAGUUGGACGAUAAAUUUACUUCAUUGGUCGAGGAUCUGGGAUACGAAGCACCAUUGAAAAUGUCAACGCACUGCAUACAUCAUGCUGAUCAUCGCAACAACAAUUGCGCUAUUGAUAACGUCGAAGCAAUGUACGAUUGGCUGCUGAAAUCGAAAAACUCCCGAAAAUAUAAAUCUGAAUCCAAAGAAGUGAAGAAACAUGUUGUUGUAGAUUUUAUCGGUUACUACAUUCCGGAAGACCGAUUCGUUAUCAAAGAAUUUAAUGCUUAUGUCCUCAACGAUCCUCAUCACAUUGUGGAUAAUAAAUUAAAUAAGUAUUUCAUCACUGGAAAACCAGGGUAUAUUAGUUCGAAAUCACUGCAAUUAGAAGAUAUGCCUAUUGAUUAUCAAGCUCACUAUCAAGCUUUUUAUGAAUCCUUUGGGAUUCCCUGGGAUGCUGGUAGCACUAAAUUCGGGUCCUAUCAAAGAGGCUUAAGAAAAUAUUUUCAGGAUGCGAUUAAUAUUUAUGUUAAGAAUAAUGGAAACAAAAAACUUUUGUUGGAACUUAUUGGGUCGGAGAAUGAAAGCAAGAUUAUUGUACUGAUUAAGGUUAUUGUAAUGUAAGUGUAUAUUGGAUGCUUUGACUUUGCAGUGCCUCGGAACAAAAGUUAAUGUUAUGUAGCACUUGAUUAAUUAAUUAAUUAAUUAAUAUAUAUAUAUCCGUUAAAGAAAUUUGAAAUUUUUCAGAGGUUAUUUAUCAUUAACUGUAGCCAUUAAUUGGUCGUCUUUGCUUGGAUAAAUUAAUUAUUAAUUAUUAAUUAAACUAGCGUUUUAUUUAAAUAUGUAAAUGGAAUUUAUUUUUGUCAUUAAUAUUAAUAAUAAGUACAGAACAUAUCGAAUUUUUUUAAUUGUUGAUUAAUGCCGAUUAAUCUGUAGGAGGUAGAAGGUUACGAAUGCUGAAUGGAUGUUAGUUAAUUUUCAAUUUUUUAAUUAAUUAAUAAAUUAUAAUUUGCACUUUUCAUUUUUUUUUAUUGAGUAUUUUCAU